UGGUUAGCACCUUGGCGGAGAUUUCUGAGAACAGUUGAAUAACGUCGACAUAAUUGUUUAGCCUCUGGACGCACCUCUUCGUGUUUUUUUUGCACACACACUCUCUGUCUCUCUCUCUCCCACACACACCCUAAAAGGUCGACCCAUAAGCAUAAUUUAAGCUGUCUAGGACUAGACCUACCACAUGGGAAGAAAACAUACAUGCAUACAUGUAUGUAUAUAGUUGGACUGAGAGUUGUUAAGAGUCCUUAUACUUUGAGUUCCGGACACUGCCAUGCGUGUCGUAAGGAUUAGAGGACAGCUCGUUUUGUUCCACGUCCUGACAUUGAGUCAGUACCUCUCUGCCCGCGAGGACCAAACGGCUAUCUCACCUCAGAACUGCAGUCUGAGAUGUGUCCUGCAGGGAGGACCUGACUGUGAAUACUGCCGAAUAAACAGAGAAGAAGUUGAAAUUAACCACGGAGUUACGACAUUUGGAGGUUGUAUUCCAUUGCCAUGUUCUUUUUUCAUGGUUGGCCAAGACUCUGUGUGCAAGCAUUAUACCCACGCUCCUAGAGAUAUAACCAUUGAGUUUUUAGCUGAUCAGAAUCCUGAAUACGACAACAUCAUUGUCUCCUGGAAACCCAGCGUUUAUGGGAUUGGCUUCCUUAGAGGCUUUCAGGUCUUACUCCAGGCUCUGGGAGGAUCUCACACUGCCUGUCAGCUGUUUCUCUUUCAGAGCAAUAUAUCACUCUCCGCUUCACACGCCCAAAGGGUGUACCAGUCAGACCCUUUCUACAACUUAGACUUGGGGUCCAGGUAUGUUGUCACUGUGAUGGCCUUGCCAGCUCCAGUUCCUGAGGACUCAAAAGAUUUCUACAGCAGAAAAGACUUCUCCACACAAACAUGCCCAAAGAAAAAUGGACUUGACCAUUGCAAGACAGAUUGGUACCCAAAAUACACAGACGUUCAGCAGAUAGGCCCCGACAUCAUUGUGACAUUCAACCUCGCCCCCCCUCUUCUCGGGAUCGACCGCUACUUCUCCAAGUGCUACGGGGACGGAUUGAAGGAUUAUACCAUUAAACCCGAUGUUACAAGAAACCGAACCCACUCCAGUUAUCACCUCGAAGGCCUGAAAGCAGGAUCCAACUAUACCUGUGAGAUCGCGGCUGACCAAACGGAUGCAGUAAGAAAAGUUUUCAAUGUUCAAGUGAAGGGGCAUAAGCGAGAGACGCCAUUACCACUGGCCACUUGGCUCCCUGUUGCAGCUGCCCUGGCAGUUCUCUUACUGAUCUUGUUACUGGCCGUCAGCUCCAGGAAAAUGUGCUCGCAUUGGAUAAAACGUAAAGAAGUAUUCGAGGCACACCCUGUCUCGAGUGGGAAUGACGAAAGUGUGUCGCCAAUCACCAGGGUAACUCCACCUCGACUGUUGAUUUGCUACUGCAGCGAUGAUGGCCCCGCCCACGUCAGGGCAGUAAUGCAGCUAGCAACCUUCUUACAGCAGUACAUGGCUACUCAGGUGUUUCUGGACAAGUGGGAUUCCUUACGUUUGGCAGAGGACGGGGUCCUGGGAUGGCACUGCAGGAGGAUCCAGGAGAGUGACUUUGUCCUGGUGAUCUGUUCACGGGGCCUAAGGAGGGCGUUGGGGAAAAGCGAGGGCGGAACUUCCACUGCUGUCAUAGCUCUGAUAGGAGAAGAGCUGGGCCGCGCCAAAGCCACGGGGAGAGACAUCUCCAAGUACAUGGCUGCCAAGUUCGAAUACUCUGAGGAGGAGGACAUUCCGUUGGAGCUAGGGUUUGUGUCACGGUACACGCUAACUAGAGACUUGCCUCUGCUAUUCUCCCACAUCCAUCAGGUGGCCCUGUAUAGCCCUGGGGCAUACCUGCAGAUAGAACACAUUACACAGGAGGGCAGCGCCAAGCAGCCAGCCUGGGCUGCUCUAGAGUGGUCUAUCCAUGAAGCUGGCAUGGCGUUGAGUAAUCACCAGGAAUCCUCUGGUGGUGAGCAAGACCUCUGUGAUGCACGGGUGGGAGUGUGAGCCUGGCAGAUUGGGAAGGCCUUGUGGUAAAAACUCUGAAGUGUUCACGGUGUGUUCCCAGAGGAUAGCACUUAUUAAAACACUUCUUUCCAAAGUGGUCCUUGUCAGAGGAUGCAUUUGGGACUAAGCCCUGAUGGCCUUGCAAAGUUUACUAUAUUCCUGUUGUGCGUUUUUGGGGGAUAGAUUUAAAUUCAGUAACACUAGCCUCUGAGGGUAACACAAGUGUGUGUAUAUAAAGAAACACAUUUGUUUUAGCUUUUGGAAAUUGGAAAACCCAUGAAAAAAUAAAAAAUCAUUGAAACAUGGUUUUAAGCACAUAGAUUAAGCCUCGUCCUGAACUAAAUAGUAAAGCUCAGUGGAAAUUGUUUUUAUUUUAGUCAAGGACUAAGGUUAAUCUAAAAGUCAGAACUAUGGACUGGUAAAAAAAAGUAAGAUGCCGCAAUAUAAAUCAAAUUCCAAUGAGCACUGUGUGUGUUUGGAUAAUGGAAUACUUUCACUGUAUCUCCGUGUAAAUGUAAAAUAAAAUAGAAAUACAAUUAGCAGCACAGCAGUUGAUAAAACGGAACCAUGUUUGCAAAAUUAAAAUCGUUACAAGUUCACAAACUCUAGGUACAAGAAUUGUCAAACCGAAAAAUCUGUCUAUGGAUCUUGACUUCAGAUGCGUUAUAACAACGUGGAUGAAUACUUGCGCAAUAAUUGUUUUCUGUUUUGUAUUUGUAAUACA